GGACCUCAUGCGUCACCGGAAUUUCUUUCUGCAAUCAAGGAACAGUAUCGAUCGCAGGGCAGUGUUUGCCACUGGUACAGCUUGGUCGGAGCUGUCAGUACUCUGCUCAAUGCAUGGGAUUCGGAAUCUGCUCGUCGUCAGUAUGCCUGUGCCCAGGCGGAUAUUCUGCUGUCAACGGAGUUUGCCGAUCCAAUAGCGAGUCAUCCGGCUGCGGCUACAACCAAGUGCUUGUUGGCAAUCAGUGCUAUCCCAUAGUGCAGAUCGGUGGUCAAUGUACCUACAACCAGCAAUGUUCGGGUGAUUCCACUUGUCAGUUUAACGUAUGUCGCUGUCCUUCUGGAACUAUUCAAACCGCUGAUGGAUACUGCAGAAAUGGAGGCUCUACGGGCAGCCAAAUGUGCGCCUCUGCUACAGAAGAGGUGGUCUACGAGACGAACUCUGUAGAACCGAUCAACUGCCGGUAUACGUCAUGCCCGGCUGGUACUUACUGUUACAACAAUCAACAGUUGCAGCGAUCCUUUUGCUGUCGCCAAAGACAGAACACUGGGGGAACAGGACGAUGCAAGAAUCCGUCUGAAUCAAUUGUCUACGAGAAUGGGCAAGCCAUCAAUUGCCUGCUUACGCGGUGUCCUUCCGACAGUCACUGUGAACACAGCGAUAGUCUACAACAGUACGUGUGCUGUCGAUGA